CAGGGCUUAAUGUUCGUCACCGUACCCUCCAAGGCAUUCGUUGAGACGCUCGGCUUCGUGCUCUUGGUCCUGAUGAACGCCCGCUUCUACGGAUUGGCCGAGCGUUGCCUUUCUACCGCCGUAGCCUUCGCCAAGACCAGGAGAUACGCGGACAACGCCAAGGCCAUCCGCCACAAGGCGUGGGCCAGGGGCCUUACGAAAAAGCUUCUCGUCAAGUCCCGCCUGGCGCGAGUGACGGCCAUUUUGGACGUUCAGUCCAGGUAGCGUAAGGUUGCGGGUUAGCGCACCCCCGUGCGAUCGUUUUUUAUACAUUUUCGCUAUUUAUUUUUCAUCGAACAGGGGUGCGAUGACUCCGGACCGUGCGAUGACUCCACACCCUGUGCGAAAAUUGAAUUUAGUCAUUGGGUUUGAUACAUAACGCACACCCCUGUGCAAUGACU